AUGGCUCCAGUGAUGUUAACUAUCCUGCAGAUCAAUGGCUCCAAGUCUUCACGGAAAGCCAAGGAAACGUUGGUGCAGGUGUCUAUUCUGAACUCUUCUCAUCAAUGGCCCCUAGUCAUUACUGAUGGGUCAUACAUAGAAAACCAAGCAAACGUUGGUGCAGGUGUCUAUUCUGAACUCUUAUCUUUUUACGCAGCAACGGGACACAAUAGAUCUCCUUUCGAAGGAGAGAUAGAGGCCAUUAGGAUAGCACUAUGCCAAUUAUGUUGCCUGGAUACGAAAUUCACCAAAGCAGUACUUCUUUCGGACUUACAGUCAGCAAUAAACUCAAUCGGAAGCAGAGAACCACCCAAAACAGCAUAG